AUGCGCCACAUAACAAACCCAUCCCGCCAAACCAUCCUCCAAACCCUCCACUUUAUCAAACCUCAUCCACAACUCCGCCCCUUCACCCACACAACCCGCAAAAUGGUGCGAAUAGAAGACAUCCGCCCCUCGGAAGGCGCAGACCCCCAAACCCUCCUCCAAGACACCAACGCCCUCGUGGAGGAGUCCGGGAAAUGGACGCUCUGCAACGGAGGCAAAGGUCUCGAACGUCCGUUUAAAUUCAAGACUUUUAAAGCGACUUGGGAAUUCAUGACCUCCAUCGCGACAGAAUGCAAAUCGCAAAAACAUCACCCGGAGUGGAGCAACGUGUACAACAAGACGCACAUUCGGUGGACGACGCAUGCGCCCGAGGGGUUGUCCGGGAAGGAUACGUAUAUGGCGAGGUUUUGCGAUGAGAAGGCGAGGGAGUUUAAGGAGGUGGAGGUGGCGGAAGGGGAGGGGAAGGUGGGGAGGGAUGGGAUUGUUGAGGCGGGAGGGUGUUGUGUGCCGAAGAAGGCGAAUGUUUGA